CAUAUGUAUCCACAAUAUUUGACAUUAAUAUCGACUGACCGGGUAGUCUUAGAGGUCGAAAAACCCUCUCUAUCCCUUCGACACCAUUCCAUUCCUCACCACCCCACCGAUCCUCCACCACCUUAUCUCACGCCACUGGCCGCCGAUCUUCCACCACGUUUCAGGGUUUUGAUCGAAGAAUUUGGAUUUAUAGAUCUGAAGGUGGAGAUGGAUGUUUUGCAGAAGCGUAUCAAAAUAAUGGAAGCGAGCGGGGACGAAGGAGAUGAAGGACAAGGAAGUGGAAAACAGAUGACGGAGAUGGGAUCACAGGACGUGGAGGAGCACUUCCAACGCAUCUUUGAGAAGGUCGAGCGCUACACUCACCAGGUCGAGGAGCUGCUGGAAGCAGGGAGGACGCUGUUUAAAAAUCUAUCUCCUGAAUUCGAAGAGCGUUUGAUCUCGAUUCACAAGGAGCAAAUCGAGAAGUGGCAGGAUGAGAUCAAGGGCCUGCAGUCGCGUCACGCUGCCAAUGAAGCAGCUGCAGCACUUCUUGGCAACGCUCAUCACUUGCUUCGUAGUUCGCCGCAAUUUUCCAUCCACGCCACGAGCACACUGAGGGACUCUGAGGCUGCUGUGUGAAGUAUGCAGGGAAAUUUCAUAAAAGGAACAAAUUUCGACUGUGGUGUGGAUGAUGCUAUACCAGUUCACGGCCGAGAGAAACUAUAGUUAAGAAUAAUGGGCCAUUAAGAAGUGUCAAAAUGGGAUGCUCCUUCUUUUUCAUGGUCUUAGUUUGAUUCCCACAUUUAGCUUGCUUGGCCACAACUUGGUCUCCAUCUUGGUGCCCAUCAAACUUGUCCACCACAAUUUUGCCUCCUUUGAUAACUUUGGGGCUGCCGCCUCGAUAUUCA